CCUCGUUCCCAGCUUAUUUCCCGCGUGACGUGCCUGCAGGACGAGUUGAGCAAGACUUGCAGUCGGAAGUUUCAGGAGCAGCAGCAAAGCCUUACCUUACACCCUGUCGCCAUGUCUGAAGCAUUUGAGAAAGCAGCAGAGGAGGUGAAGGUCUUGAGACAAACACCAGAUCCGGGAGAAAUGAGUGCAAUUUAUGGUUUGUAUAAACAAGUCACUGCUGGAGAUGUGAACACCGAACGACCAGGGAUAUUCGAUUUUACAGGAAAAGCAAAAUGGGAUGCAUGGAACGCAAAGAAAGGUUUAUCCAAAGAAGAAGCAAUGGCGGCUUAUGUGGAGUUGGUGGAAAAGCUAAAAGAGAAAUAUGGAAUAUAGAGUCUUUAAGAAACACGACAAUAAAGAAAUGCAUAAGAAAAACUGAAUGUCUGAUUUUUGUUUUUGAAAUAAAAUAUCAGAACAAAAGACCAUUUUAGUUUUCUCAUUAAAACAUUUUUUUCUCAGUUUCGUAGCUUUAUAGUCUUUUACCUCAACUGUCGAGUAAAACAUGAAUUUCCCAGUGUACCAGUGCCAAACUUUUUUUCUUCCACACAAUUUUCCACUUAUAUACUUAGUACAGCACUCUGAACAGCCAACUUCAUGAACAAGGAAACUUGAUAGCAUUCUAUAAGGAAUCUAUAAAAUAUACAAACUAUCACCCAAAUAUUUGAUUAUAUUCUAAUUUACUGAGAUGUACCUGUAUGCAGUAUUUUGCUUAAUAUCUACUUCAAUCCUGUUAUGUUUUCAAGUAAAAGUCUCAAAUAUUUUUUUUCUUAGGUCACUUAAGUGAGUUAUGUCGGCAUAUAAAAAGCAAUGUUAUGCAGAAAGACUGAAAUGUUUUGGAUCUUUAAUAUGUUUUUCUUUACAAGCAGUCAAUGAUAAUGAUGUAAUAUAUUCCUCUUUAAGUGGUGCUUAAAAUGCAUUAUUUUCCAGAUGGUACAAUGUGUCAGGUUUUGUGAUGUGGACUCUGUUAAAAAAAAAAAAAAA